AUGCAAACACAUAAAUGGCUUUGCUGCAGAAUUUCAGCUGAAACUAACAGAGGCUGGGCAAAUAUAAACAAACAAAUCCAAUCUCAACCUCUCUCUCACCGGAACUCUUCUCUUCUUCUUCCUCUCCCUCCCAGCCGUCCUCCUCCUUCAAAUCCAGCGUCUGCAACUCACCAGCUCCGUCCUCCUCCUCCUUCAAAUCCAGCUUCUGCAACUCACCAACUCCGUCCUCCUCCACCUUCUCUGUCGAAUCCAGCUUCUGCAACUCAUCAGGUUAUUUAUCCCCCUCCUCCACCGGCUCUUUCAAAUCCAGUUUCUGAAGCUCGUCGAGGACCGCAUGAUCUAGAUCAGACGGUGUGGGAUCGGGAUCCGGGGAGGAAGGCAGAGACCCCUGGUCGGAAUGAGCGUGGUUGGUGCUGGGGGUUUCGGGAUUUGGGGGAACAACAGAGAUAUGAAAAUGAACUGAGUCUAUCUUUGACCGAGAGGGAGAGAAAAAUAGAGUUGGCAGAAGCAGUCGCUCGCAGGCAGGCAGGCAGAAGCAGUCGCUCGCAGGCAGGCAGGCAGGCAGAAGCAGAUGCAAGCAGGCAGUCAGGUGACCAGGUCGCAAAGGCAGAUGCAGAGAUGCAAGGAGGCGGCGCAGAAGUAGUCACUGAAAGUGCAAACCCACUCGGUGCAAACCCAGAACCGCAAAACCAAAUGUAUAAGUAUAACCUAGUUGAAUGA